AAGCUAUUGCAAACGAUCCGCCAAUAUUGUAUUAAUUCUACGUAAUUUCCUCGUCCAAAGUUUCUUUUACCAAAAACUAUAUUUUGUAACUAAUACGUCGGGAGUACUACUUUUUCACCCGCUGAUGAAGUACUCGCCAAUAUGUCACUGCCUACGAUCUCAUUAGUUUUCGUACUGCUCGGCCUUUUCAGUGUGAUAGCGGCUGCGAACGACACGUCAUCGAGUUAUAAAAGGAAUAUUUUGACGAAUGUCGGCAAAUCUUGUAUCUUCGGUGUUGAAUUCGUGUCUAUAGUUUUGUUCACGAGUAAUAAUGUUCCUGAGGGUCAAGUUGUCAAGAUAAUCGAAUCCUGCGAUCUUUUUGAUCCGUUGAAUCCAGUCAUCUUUGUGACCCAUGGAUUUAUUGCAAGUGCAGACACGUUUAACACUUCUAUAUUUGUUAAACCAUUAAUAGAGAACAAUUAUACAAUAUUUGUACUAGAUUGGUCUCAAGCAUCGUGUUAUAAUGAUCCAGCCAUAAUUAAUCUGUUGAAGUAUCCGUUUGCAGAAGAAAAUACACGCAAAGUUGGUGAACUCUUGGCGAGUUUCAUUAAGUCAUUGAUGAAAGUAUGUAAAGUUAAAUUGAACGACAUCACGCUCGUAGGCCACAGUCUUGGCGCGCAUAUAUCUGGCUUUGCCGCGAAGAAUCUCAAUAACACGGGUUACGGCAAACCUCCGCUUCUCAUCGGUAUCGAUCCCGCGAAGCCAUUAUUCCAGCAUAAACCUUGCGAGUACAGAUUUUGCAAUUCGGACGCCAAACGUGUAGAAGCUCUUCACACGUCGGGUCUCGGGAUGUACAAGUCUGUAGGCCACCUCGAUUUGUGGUUCAAUAACGGACUAGAUCAGCCAACCUGUGAUAUAGUGUUACCAGGCACAGGUGCUUUGAACAUAGGUUGCUCGCAUAGUAUAGGCAUUUAUUAUCUAGUUAAUACAUUAUUACCUGAUUGUGAAUAUGUUGCCUUUCCUAUACCAAAAGACGAAACUCUACUUGAAAAAGUUGAAUUCAAGUGUACUCCCAACGAAACGCCCGCAUAUAUUAUUGUGAAUAACAACUUAUUCGACAGUAAUUACAAUAGAACAGGAGACUACUGUGUAAUCGUUUCAUCGAAAUAUCCCUAUUGUAUGUACAGAGAGCAAUUGUAGCUGUCAAGAAUAAGUGACUACGAGUUCGACAUUUGAAUUUCUAAUUAUCUAAUUUUACUUGUAUAAUGAAUACGUCUAUAUUUACCUACAUUUUCUGUUGUUGAAAUCUGUGUAUCCUUUGUUUAGCACAUUAUUUUGUUGUUAAAGUAUAUACACUGUUAUAUUUCUAAAAAGAAAUAAAUGAUUGCGAUCUGCAUAUAAAA